AUGUUUUUCGAGUAUAAACCAUUCCUUGAGGGCGGUGGCAUAUUAUUGACUGUUCUUCUUGUGUUCGUUGUUUCUGUUUUUUUUUUUUUUUUUUGUGUGUGUGUGUGUCUUCUCCGUUUACUGAACGUCACGACGAAGCGGUUUAUCAACGCGAUGGACCUUCGCGACGCAUUCCUUCUUACUUGCCGAAAUGGAGGCAUCUCUCCGUAUGUGCAGAAAUAUCUUUUACUUUUUUUUUUCUUCUUUUUUAAUUAUUUUCUGUUAUUUUGUUGGUUUGUCACACAGCAACUCUUUUUUUGCUUUCGGCCUUCUGCAUCUGUUGGGGGUAGGGGGGUUUAUUUUCUUUCUUUGUGUGUCAAGGGCCGGGGGUGGGGCGAGCGAACAAACGCGACGGGUUUUUCUGACAAAAUGGCAGACGCCGCAAAGAAGGCAGCGGUGCUUCUUCUUGUGCGCCAUUUGCUUGCGCGCGAGGGGGUAGACACCGGCGUUGAAACUAAACCGCUGCCUGAGAAGUACGAGGACCUCCGCGAUGGGGCGAUUCUGUACCGUAUUCUUGCUCGCAUAUCCCCACAGACCUUUCCGGAAGCCGACGAGAUGACCAAACAGGCGCCGUCGAGCCGUCAGAACUGGGUGGUGCGGAAAGGGAACCUCGUGGCACUUGUGCGGCACAUGAACGAUUAUGCCCAUCAGUUUCUUGGCGCACCGGAAACGUUGAAUCUUACGCUUCUUAUAAGCCCAACGGAAAUUGCAAAUUUACCGGAGUUGAGUGAAGAAUCAAAGACGCCGUUGGAACUUGAAAAGGGCAUGGAAUGUUUGAUGGAACUGACAGAUAUUUUUGUUGUGAUGGUUGUGCUCAGCGGUGAUCCCGCAGUAUUGCAGGCGGUGAAGUCGCUACCACACGCGGAGCAGGUGGUGUUGUCCAACGCAGCAAAGGCGUGUAUUACAAAGCACGCGCUACGCCCUCGACGGCGUCAUGAGACACUAGCAUUGGAGGAUUCUUUGAAGUCAGGCCUCCAUCGCAGCGUCACAGCAGGUUGCGCUGAAUCUUCGUCACACGCCGCACAUCUGUCUUGCUCACUCGUGGGUGAGGAAGCCCUAAAUCAUCAAAUUUUACAGCUUCGUCGUGGGCUGGACGACGCAAACGCCAAGGUGGUAGAGCUGGACUCCAAACUUCACCUCGCUCUCACGGAGAGGCAGGAAUGGGAGUCUAAGUACAAGAAUUUACUCGCAGAGGCGGAGCUCCGGCGAAUGACCGCUGCAGGUGAAGACCACUUGCGGCAGCUCUUAGCAAAAAAGGAAGAAAUUGUUCAGAAGCUCACGGCUACUAUUGAAGAUCAGAAGAAAAGGAUUUCGGCCUUCAAAGAGGCCACGGCGGCACAAGAAACGGCCUUGGGUUCCUUUAGACGCAAAAUUAAGCACACAGAAGAGGAGCUGAUGAAGAAGAAUGUUGAGAGGCGUGAAGCUUUGGACAAGCUCAGUGUCGCUGAACGGAGUUUAGCUGCUCAGAUGAAUAUCCGAGCAGAGCUGGAGAGACAACUGGAGGACCUACGCACAGAACUGGCUCUUGCAAACGCUCAAACUCAUAACGGCAUGGAAAAUAGUGAGGCGUGCUUAAAUCGAUCAUUUGGUUCAGUGAACUCCGUUGAUCGUGUUGUGCAGCUUGAAAACGAAUUGGAUGAGGCACGGAGUCAGAAGGAGGCGGCGGAGAGGCUCCUCCAAGUUCUUCAGCGACAGGUUGCAGCCUUGCCGUCUGAAGGAUUUGGAUCCUCUGCUGCCAUGGGCGCGCUAAAGGCCCAGUUGCGACAGGCCGAAAAAGAGAAGGAGGAAUUGCGUAACCAGCUGGCUGCAACGAUCGCGAGGUUGGAAGAUGCACAGGGCUACUGGAGACGCCGCGGCAGCACAAGUUUUGUUGAUAAUGAGACAGAAAGCCCCUUAUUAGAAGGAAAGAUUGGGGGAGAGAACGCCGAUAGUCCGUCCGGACGGGAAGAGACGGAUGCAUCUGGCCAGCAGCAUCGCCCAUGUGAGAAACAAGAUGGAGUGUCCCGGGAGAGGACUUUACUUGGCUCCACCCUGCUGCUUCUUGGGUAUCGCAACUUGAUGCUGCAACAGCAACUCACGAUGACGAGUGGCGGUAAAUUCACCGCUUCUGGCGAUGGAGAGAAAGAAAACAACGGUGGGUUUGCAGGGAACACCGGGUCUUUUUUGACACGUCAUCGAUACGAGGUGGAGCAAGGCCUCCUAAGGUCUGUCCUGAGCCGUGGCGGCUAA